AAGCCUGGGGUUCAUUUAUAUUCCUGUUUCACUGCUUUCCGCUUGUGCGACUCACAACAGGACCAGGAACUCCAGCCCUGUCCUUAACCGAGUCCUGACCCGAGUCUGGUCCGGAAAGUCUGGGAAGCGGUGCAGACGCUGGUGGAGGCGGUGACAGAUUGAUGGGUGCAGCUGAUAUACUUCAUAGCAACUGUUGGGACGCCAUUGAGCAGAUGUCCAUGAAAACUACAUGCAAGCCCUAAAAAACACCCACUAGAGGGCAACGCCAUACAGACGACGUAUGGAUGAGGUCUUACAAGCCGAGCUACGCGAAGCACAAGUGAAACGAAGGUGUGAAACGUUUGAUAACAGGAGAUCUGACGAGCAAAAAAAAAAAUGUAAAACAGUGUCUCAUUUUGUCUAAACUGAAGCUUCCGACCGGGGAAAUUCCACCCCGUCUCCCAUAUGGACCCGGAUCCCCGCGGCUCAGCCAGGGUGACCAAUGGUCUGGCUUCCUGUUUAUAUUUUUGUCCAAGUGUCAAAACUGUCCCCUGAGGACAGGACACAUGGACACCAGACAUCAGCCGCCUUUGAACAUCCACAGGAAGAGAAUCCCAGCAGGAGUGCACUAUGAGAGGGAUUUACGUGUUUGACCUGCUGCACUGACGAAGACGAACGCUGCCGACGGAGCGGCGUAGAGCUGCUGCCUGACCGAUGACGGGCUUCAGGUUGAGGGAGCUUCAUUUAGCCUAAUUUCACAUACUAUACUACGGCUAUUUUCAUCACACAUACUAUGAUAUUUUGAUUAUCACAUAUUACACUCCUGUGUCUUGAAAAAAUAGCCAUAUUAUGGUCAAAAACAUAAAUAUGAUUUUUUUUCCAUCAUCACUGUUUGCAAUGUAAGAAAACGGAGCGCUCGCUACCAAUCUCCACCCAGACCCACGCAAAUGAACGCCUGUUUGGCUCAGGGGCAGCUUGGCUCUUCCUGCACACCCUUACAUAACUCCCAUGGUGUAUGAUACAGGGCGAGCGCCGUGUCAUUUGAGAGUCAUGCCCAUACACGUCUUAUCACCACUGGAAUGAAUAUACAGCUUUCCACGCCAAUAAUCCUGAGAAUGCGACAUUUAAACAAAUUACAUUGUUGAGCUUAUUUUUCAAACCGGUUUAAAAAAAAAAAAACAAAAAAAAAAACUCCCCGCUUUUAUUUAUUUAUGUUCCAGUGGCGUUUGGUUUGUGGAUUUUUGGGGUUUAUUUAUUUAAAUAGAAGGAAGAGGAAAAGAAAAACAAGUUGAACCUUUCUGGAGAAGCCAAAAUAAGGAAACAGCAUUCCUAAGAAAAUAUUCUAAUGUCGUUUAUACAUUCAUUUAUGAGUAACUCCAGGAUGUCCGCGUGUGACGCAGGAGUACACAAAACUUUAUAACAAACCAAUACACUGCAGCAAACCAAACUAACCACAAUAAACGUGACACACGUGACCGACACCAUCUACUGGGAAUGUCACUUUAUAUGCCAUUAUCAUAUUUUGCACGAAGGCCAGCUACGGGGCACUCCCUGGAUGACAUCAACUGCAGCAGAUUAAGUUCGGAAAAGCAGCCCGUCUUUCCUGCCGCGCUUCCACAGGAUUGAGUGAAAAGACCGUCCGUGUUCCCCGCAGCACGACAACACAACAAAGAGCUGGAGAGCUACGUGGUGGAAAGAGUGUCAGCAGCGAGCGGGGUGGGACGCGGCUUAAAGAUCAUUCACUCCAGUGCAGCGGUUCAGACGGCUUCUCCCUCCACAGGACACAGCAACCACUCGCCGUUCACUCAGGAUUAUUAGCAUCGACUUCACAAGUCUUAUUAAGGGGACACACACAAGCAACCAUAAUGGAGGAUUUCGAUUAUCCUGAUGAUGAGGACAUGAAUGACACUUACGACUCCUUUUACGACCACGGGGUCUGCGACAAAGAGGCGGUGCGCGCCUUCGCCGGCGUCUUCCUCCCCGUCAUCUACGGGGUGGCUCUGGUGCUGGGGCUGGCGGGGAACGCCUUGGUGGUGGUGGUCUACACGUCGCGGGUGCGCGUGCGGACGCUGACGGACGUGUGCAUCCUCAACCUGGCCAUUUCAGACCUGCUGCUCCUCCUCACGCUGCCCUUCUGGGCGGCCGACGCCGUGCACGGCUGGAGGCUGGGCCCGGCGGCCUGCAAGGUCACCUCCUUCCUCUACAGCACCAACUUCAGCUGCGGCAUGCUGAUGCUGGCGUGCAUCAGCGUGGACCGCUACAGGGCCGUGACGCAGAACCCGGCGGGCCGGACCGGGACGGGCUCCAGGGUCCGCAGGCAGUGGCUCCUGGUGUGUCUGGUCCUGUGGGGAGUGGCCAGCUUCCUCGGCCUCCCGGACCUCAUCUUCUCCACGGUCAAACACUCCCAUCACAGGAUGGCGUGCACGGCCAGCUACCCCGUCAGCAUGGCCCGGCCGGCGAAGGCGGCGCUGGAGCUUCUAGAGGUCACGCUCAGGUUCCUGCUGCCGUUCGCGGUCAUGGUGGUGUGCUACAGCCUCGUGGGGCGGGCGCUGAGCCAGGCGGCCGGCGUGCAGAGAGCCCGGAAGUGGCGCGCCCUGCGGGUGCUGCUGGCGGUGGUGGCCGUGUUCCUGCUCACGCAGCUGCCCUACAACGUGGUCAAGCUGUGCCGGGCCAUGGACGUCAUCUACAUGCUCGUGACCGACUGCGAGCUCAGCAAGGGGCUGGACCGCGCGCUCCAGGUGACCGAGAGCCUGGCGCUGGCCCACGCCUGCGUCAACCCGCUCCUCUAUGCCUUCAUGGGCUCCUCCUUCAGGGGAAACGUGCUCAAAGCCGCCAAGCACCUUGGACAGCGACUGGGGAGACACCCCACGCACGGGGCCGAGCAGCCGGCGGUGGAGAUCGCCCUCAACAGCCCCACACAAACCCACUCGCAGUCUGGUUCUGAAGACCAAGACACCAGCACCUUCACUAUUUAAGACUUUAGCAUGGCUACAGUAUCUAUUCCCUUUAGCUUCUAUACAAAUAAUCUGUAAAUACAUGUUUACUAUUAUAUACAUUAAGAUACGCCUUCCGUUAAACAUAUACAGAAUUUAUAUGCGCUAAGCAAAGAAUUUGUAUAAAUUAUGUAUUUUAUUAAAUAAAAAGGACUCAAAUGUUCAGAGA